UGUAACUUCAGUGCUAAGGGCAGUUGUGGUCAAGAACGUUGUUGCUAUAUCUGUCCCAGAGGAGAAGAAAAAACAAAAUAGCAAAUAACAGAUGCGGGUAAAAGAUCCAUUAAGGGUUAUCCCUGUCAAAACGAAGACACACACAUAGUCACAUCAGGGUCAAGAUGAAGACUCUUCAGAUGAUAUUGCAGGUCUGACAUGCCAGCAUGUAAGCCAAGCAGUGGAUGUGCAUAAUGUGAAGAGAGCAGUAGCUCAAAAUGUCUGGUCAAUAUGUUCAGAGUGCUUAAAGGAAAGAAGAGUAUGUGAUGGUGAGCCAGUAAUGCCUUCUGACAUAUGGCUCUGCCUCAAAUGUGGUGCACAGGGCUGCAGUCAAAAUUCAGAAGGACAACAUUCGCUAAAGCAUUUCCAAACUGCACUGGCAGAACCUCAUUGUAUUGUAAUCAACCUCAGCACAUGGAUUGUAUGGUGUUAUAAAUGUAAUGAAGAGCUGUCAACACACUGCAACAAGAAGGUUUUGGCACAGAUAGUUGAUUUCCUCCAAAGACAUGUUACUAGAAAUGAAUCAAGUCCAUCAUCAAAAAUUUUAUGGCUACAUGAAGAAAACAAUGAAGCAAGUGAUAUAUUAAAGGGGAAAGGCAUUGGCUUCAGUUGGGCAUCAGUUCCAGUUAAAGGCAUUAAUAACUUAGGGAACAUAUGCUUCUUUAAUGCUGUUAUGCAGAACUUGGCACAGACACACAUGUUGAAUGAACUUACGUGUGAAAUUAAAGAAAAGGGAACAAAGCUUAAAAUUGGUCCAACUCUAGCAUCUCAACUGGAGCCUUUGGUAGUGAACCUUUCAAGCCCUGGGUCUCUGACUUCAGCUAUGUUCCUGUUCCUUCACAGCAUGAAAGAAACUGGAAAAGGACCUCUUUCUCCCAAAGUUCUGUUUGGCCAGCUCUGUCAAAAGGCUCCUCGGUUUAGGGGAUUUCAACAGCAAGACAGCCAGGAAGUUCUCCACUAUUUGCUGGAUGCAAUGAGAAUAGAAGAGACAAAGCGCAUACAAGCUGCAAUCUUAAAAGCAUUCAAUAAUCCAACCACUAAAACUGCAGAUGAGGAGAUAAAAAGAAAAGUCAAAGCAUAUGGAAGAGAGGGUGUGAAGAUGAACUUCAUAGAUAGGAUCUUUGUUGGUGAAUUGACUAGCACUAUCAUGUGUGAGGAAUGUGAAAAUAUUUCCAUAGUAAAGGAACCUUUCAUUGAUCUUUCACUUCCUAUAAUAGAAGAGAGGAUCUCAAAACCUGUUCCUUUUGGAAGGUCAGGUAAAGGUAAACAAAUACAAGAAGCAGAUGUUGAUCAGUACAGCUGUUCUCCUGUUAUUGCUCUGAAUAAUCAACAAUCCAAACUGUCUAGGAAGCACAAGGACAAGAACAAAGUAAAUCAUGUAAGAAAACUUGCCAAAACAUCCUCCUCCAUUGAAGAAGAAACAAGUCCUUGUAUCAUGCAUGAAAAAAUCAAGAACACUAAAGGUGAAGGCAGGUCUAGUGUUCCUUAUUCAAGAGACAGCAAUACAAUAAUGGAAUCUGCAGCAAAUGGAGGUCAGACUGAAGGCAGUGAAAAAGAAGCUAGUCAUUCUGAAAGUAGCAUUGAUGCAGACAGUGAGGCCUCUGAAAGCGAAAGUCCUUCUAAGCAAACUGCUUCCAGCAGAGCUUGUAAUGCACCUGCCUUGUGCACUGAUGGGCAUAAACACGUAUCUGCAAGCAUUAAAUUACAAUAUAACAAAUCAAGCAAUACCAAUACAGAGGCACUUACCACUGCCUUAUCAAAACUCCAUUUCAACAGUGCAGUGAGUGCAACUGAAGGGACCUUCAGUAGAGAUCAGCUAUCAAGUCUGUCUAACAACUUAGCUGUUUCAGCAGAGAACCCCCCAUUGCUACAAAAUCCUCAAAAUGCUUUCCAGACUCAGAGUUACAUAACUAGUUCUAAAGAAUGCUCAGUUCAGUCAUGCCUCUACCAGUUUACAUACGUGGAACUCUUAAUGGGAAACAACAAGCUUUUGUGUGAGAACUGUAUGGAAUGGAAACAGAAACACCAGAAAAAAGCAAAUUCAACAGAAAAGAAAAUAGGUGUGUAUACAAAUGCUAGGAAGCAGCUGUUGAUUUCUUCAGUUCCUGCUGUUCUUGUUCUCCAUCUGAAAAGAUUUCACCAGGCAGGUGUGAGUCUAAGGAAAGUAAACCGUCAUGUAGAUUUCCCUCUAGUUUUGGACUUGGCUCCAUUUUGUUCUGCUUCCUGCAAGAAUGUCACAGAUGGUGGGAAAGUUCUUUAUUCUCUUUAUGGAAUAGUGGAACAUAGAGGGUCAAUGCGAGGAGGUCACUAUGCCGCAUAUGUGAAAGUCAGAGCACCAUCCAAAAAGAUUUUGGACCACACUUCUAGCAACAGAAAUGUUCAAAGUUUAAAAGAAUCUGUAGGAACAACUGUAGGACAGUGGGUAUAUGUAAGUGAUACUCAUGUACAAGCAGUACAAGAAUCAAGAGUAUUAAAUUCACAAGCUUACUUGCUUUUCUAUGAAAGAAUACUGUAGUUACAAUCUAUAUUGAAAGCCUAAAUAACUUAUUUUCAUGUUUUCGGAUGCAGCAGAUUACUGAACAUGUAAAUGUUGUGCCUUUAUCUGUUCUCUAGUAUAACAUUUUACCAUGAUUUUUUACUCUAAAAACCACGUCUUGUAUUCAGAGAAGUCUGCACAGAGCACCUUGAUGCACACACAGGCAAGGUGGCGAACUUCGCUGUUUGGCAGCCUCCCAUCAUACCACAGAGGAUGUUGCUUCAGAAGGGCCCUGACCUUUGGGUGCUUUUGUGAGGGGCAUGUGGAGUUGCCACCAGAAUGAAGGAAAUGAAAAUUCCUUCAUUUUUAAGUGGAAACAACUUCAUGUUUCUCUGAAUCUAAGCCCACAUUUUCAUUAUACAAGUCCCAGAAAUUCAUUUGAAAUAAUGCACUCAAACUGAAUACUGAAAUUUCAAUGUGGAUCAGCAAAAUCAACUCUUUUUACAAAAAUAUUAAUUGCAGAAAUGAUUUUUGUACGACUGAGUAAUACCUGGAUUUUCCUUGAUACAGAAGUAUGGUUGCAUUCAAUGGCUGCAACUCUCUGAAAAACCUCUACAGAGGAUGGAAUGUACAGCAGGGGUUUGUUAUCCCAUCACCUUGCUUUUGGGUUUUCCUCCUCCCACUGCAGCCUGACCUAACACAGCCACCACUAGUAAAGCUCCCUCCUCUGGACAAGGUUUUUUGGGGUACAGGAGGAAGUGGGAGAGAGAGAAGCUGCACAAGCCGCCUUAUUUAUUUAUUUGAUUUAUUAGUCGCUCAUCUGGUUGGUACCCAGCCACUCUGAGCGACAUACAAAGCAAAAACAUAUAAAACAUCAAGAACAUCAAAAACUCAGCAAUAAAAUUAAACAAUAACAGAAACAACUCAGUUACAAUAAGGCUUCUCGUCUGUAUAGUCCAAAAAGUGCGCCUUCAGAUGGAAACUCCUGAUGUAAGUCUUCCCACCCCAGCACAAGACCGGUGUGGGUGAUAGUCCAUUUGCAAGACCGAAAAAUGACACCCCCUCUUGAUCUCAGCAUCCAGCGUCCAGUACUUUCAGCAGAGAGUGGGACGCGGCAAACAGAUCCCUUGAAGUCACAACUAACAGGGAGGUUUUCUUCAGAGAAGCCAAAAAUGAAGGCACUAGGAUGUAAGCAUGGCCGAUAUCAAGGCGAAGCAGAGAGAAGUCGGAUGAUAAAAUAGUGGCGGCUGCAGGUGCACUCCCCCGCCCUCAGCAGUCACUGAAAAAUCAUCGCAACAGCACAGCAUCUCCCAGGGACAGGCCGCGGCGCCAGGCCCGAUGAAAGGCUGCAGCCCCAGCCCAGCUGCUGCCUGGCUCAAUGCCCCCAUUCGCGAAGGCAGCAGGAGCGGCAGUGGCGGCCUGGCAGAGAUGUAAGCACCAAGCUGAGUCCCGGGCCAUACCGACAGCUGGUGUCCCAGUCAGGUACGAGGGAGACGGCAUAAAGAGGGGGGAGGCUGCCCCGUAUUUCCAAUAUGUUGUAGCCUCUGGCAAGGGGAAAAAAUGUAGAAAAUUACCCCAUAAAAGCCGUCAAUGAUAGAGCUCCCUCGUCUGUAGUUGUUGCACCUCCCUUCUGCUUAUCCAACCAUUUGAUUCACCUGUACUGUUCACUGCCUCAUAAUCAUAGUUGAAUAUUGGCACUUGAAUUUUCUUGAAAAAUAUUGCUGUAGAUUAAGUUGCAAGCUCACAAAUGAGCCAGUUUGUAUGUUCAAAAAGGCACAGUUCUUCCAAAACUGAUUCAUGUCCAAACGUACAUGGGGUUUUCUAUGUGGAAAGUUGAGCGAGGGAGUAAAGUAGAAUAGAACCUGCUAUCUUAUGUACUCUUCCCACAUUUAGGGAGUGCUUGGCAUCGGAAUGUAUUGAGAUAUGCACCAUGCAAAUAUCAGAUAUGCAAGUAUGCUAGUUUACUUUGCAUCCAAUAUUUUAGGGCAAUGACUAGAUACUUCUAAUAGUUACACAUUUCCUAGUUUCUCUGAUUUACACAAUAUAUGUUACCUACUGUAGCUGACUGCUUUUAUAUUAAAAAUAGGAGCUGGUGAAUUAUAAUUGCUGCCUCUUACAAAGGAUCAGGUCUGUUUUCAUUGCUAUUCUCAAUAUAUGCAUUUAUGCAUACUUUCUGUAGUACAUAGAACAGUGAAUAUAGUACAUAGAACAGUACAUAGAACAUUGUGCUCCCUGUGUACAAUGUGGCUUUUGACUUCUUCCUUUUUUUACCUCUGUGAUUAAACUGCUUUUAAGACUUGGAGGAUUUCUGAGAAACAUUAUUUUCUGUAUGAGAUGCUGUUAUUGAGGUUCAGGAUCAAAGGCCCUCCUCCAGGUGCCUACUCCGAGGGAAGCUCGGAGAAUGGUAGCAAGCGAGAGGGCCUUCUCAGUGGUGGCCCCCAAAUUAUGGAAUGAUCUUUUUGAUGAGGUGCGCCUGGCGUCAACACUGUUAUCUUUUCGGCGCCAGGUCAAGACUUUCCUCUUCUCCCAGGCAUUUUAGCAUGUGUUCUAUAUUGUUUUAAAUUUUUAAAUUGUGUUUUAAAUUGUUUUUUAAAAGAUGUAUUUUAAAUUGCAUUUGGUUUUAGUUAUUGUAAACCGCCCAGAGAGCUUCGGCUAUGGGGCGGUAUACAAGUUUAAUAAAUAAAUAAAGGCUCCUCUUUGCACUGAAGCCCUUAUAUUCAAAAAUACUCUUUAAAUUAUAGCCAUUGGGUUGCAUCCAUUGGUGUCACUCAUAUUGACAGUAAGGCUUCCAUCAGUGGAAUGGAGAGGGAAGCAUUAUUGGGUUGUGGGAUCUUCCAGAGCAGAUUCAAAGAGGGUAAUGGGCUACAGAAGGGAGAAGCAAUCACUGAAAAUGACUUUCCUCCCUGUUCUAAUGAUGGAAGUCUUGCCUUUAGCAGAACAACACUGUUUGUAAACAGCAACAAAGGAGUGUGCCAUGGUUUAUAUCCAAUAAUCUGUAUAAAAGGAGUAUGGUGAGCAUGCCAUGCACAAAUGAAUCCAUGGGUAGAUUUUGGCACAACACAUUUGGAACUUCUUCCUGCUAGCCCCAUAACUGAUGAUGCAUCAUAAUCCCAGCACUGGAGAGAGAACUAUCAAGAGCUGUUAUGACCUGCAGUAAUCCAUCCUGUUCCACAUUUAAUCUGAGAAUCUGAAGUAAAUCAAAGUAAUCAGUUUCAGUAACUGGUCAUUUGCACAUUACAUAUGUAUUUCAGCAGGUCCAUUCGUCACAAAUGUACAUUAGAGCAAUGUAACUUACUCAAUUGUACAUUUCAUGUACAGUGAUAGUACUAAUUUAUUUAGGAUGUCCCAUGCCAGCACUUUAGGGAUAGGACACCAAGAUUCCUGUGCAUAGCCAGAUUUCUUAUCCAUUCCAAAUACACACACAAAUUAUUUUCCCCAAAUUAUAGAGUAAAAAAUUCACACAAUCCAAACAAAAUUAAAUCCUGUCAAUUUUAAAGAGAGAGUUAACUAUUUAAAAUUCCUGCAUUGAAUCCUAUGUGGGUUUUAAAUAUGCUUCACUUUGGCUGCAUCAUGAUAGCAAAAGGACACUAUAUAUUUCGUUUCUCUACUUGUACUACAAAAGCCUAGUGAGCUUACUAUUACUCCUUGAGCUAUCAUAGUUGUGCAUUUUCCUGUAAUUUUUGAAAAAGUAUCUUUAUUGCCAGUCUCCUUGUACUACAGGUUUCCCACCUCUCUCCUUUAUGUUCAUCCCUGGUAUUAGAAUUCAGUCCACCAACACCAUACAUACUAUAACCAUCAUUCUUUUCAUGAAAGGGUCAUCUUUUUUCAGUCUCAUCCUCCUUACUUUUUUCAGAUUCUACCUUUUCAGUAUUUUUAGAUGACUCCCGACCUCUUUUCUUUGUAACGUGCCCACGUUAGUGUCAGAGCUUGGAAGAUUACUUUUAAAAAGUAAUAAAUUACAGUUACAAUUACUUGGCCCAAAAAAGUAGUAAUUACCGUUACAAUUACAAUUGCUCUGAAAGUAACUGAUUACUUUACUUUUUCUCAAAAGUAAUCACUACAAUUACAUUUCAGUUGCGUUUUUUAAAAAACUCCUACAAGGUGCUGGCCUUGGCUGCUGCACAUCUAAGAAGCCUAAAACAAUAUUAAAAAUAAACACACACACACGGGGUAGUAGAAUACAAAAAUUUAUCCAUAAGAUUAACAUAAUGGCGUAACAGAAUCUCACAUCCCCCCAAGCAAUGAAGAUAUCCCAACUCUUGAAAUCAAAUUUUACACUUGAAAUACUUUUAUAAUAUGUUUGUUAUGUCUCAAAAGAACAAGAUGCUCAAAGAGCAUGUCAGACAAGGAAUGUCUUUGUACAGUCAUUACGUUGCCACCAGUACUGAACAGGCGUUCUACUGCGGCGCUUGAAGGCAUGCCUGUGUUGUGCUGCAAAAAACACCACAGCACACGUGGAAAGCCAUGGAGUGAUGACACUUCCCUGCUGGGAGACCUCAGAUACCUCACCAGUUCCUCCUCAGCAGUGUCCACUGCUGACUUCUUGCCCUGGGGCAGAAAGUUAAAGAAGACAUCUUCUAAGUCAUCUCCUUCCUGGUCUUUAUCUGAAGACUGAUCACUGUCCUCAUUAAGUACAGCCAUCUUUAUUUCAGCUUUCAACAAGGCUUCCAUUGUGUAUCUAAGAAAGAGAGAGGAUAUGUUAACACAUAUAUGUUAGGAAACCAUCAUCUGCUCUUCAUUUCCUGAUGCUUGUCAUGUCCCCUGGUUCAGGGUCCAGCCUGAGCCUGUGGAUGAUGACAUGGAAGGUAGGAAGGUGACCAAGUCACCACACUCAUGGGGCAGCACAGCAGACCCUUAAGGAUUACCUGCAGCAACCCAAGGUUGUGAUGAGGAGCCCCAGGAAGAAAAGGCCCAGCCCCUGCUUACCACCUUAAGCCCUCUGAUCCCUCCCUUGAGACAGCAUUUCCCUUGGAGUAAUCCACCCAAAGGGCUUCCCUAAUGUUCUUACUUGUUGGUAUGGGUGGUGGCCUGACACGAUUCCAGCCAAUCUAGUUUGAAGCGAGGGUGUAGGCAGGCUGCCAGAAGAAGCCUCUUGUCCUCCCAGAUUGCUGCAAACCGCUUUCUUAGGGCUUCGCGCACACCUCUCAGCAGCUGAAAACAGUAUGUGUACCUCUCAGGUUUGUUUUCCAGUCCUUCUAACUUGCGGUCCAGAUUGCAG